GCAAAACUCUGGCAAGAUGAUUUCCAGAAAUCAGAUGUAUUUCUUCAAGUGAUUCACUGUUGUGAAAAGUGCAGGUGAUUAUAGGACAAUUUUACGCCGGGAUCUACCUCUUCAUAACUGACAGUGCCAAAUAAUUUACAAGAAAUUCCAGGGAGGCGAUUAGCUUCAUAACAAUUUAAAAACCACCUAAGAAAGAGAGGCGAGACAUUCCGCACGGCACAAGGCGAAUCACUCUGUUGGAAUCGGCUGUGAUCUGUGGAAUUCAAGCGCGAUUCAUCCGUAAAUCGCAAACAAUUAACGGAGGCAAAACUCAAAGAAAACAUUUGAGGGGACACUUCUUAUCUCAGAGCAAACAUUUGAGGGUGAAAUAACCUGAGCCGGCGAAUUACGUCGUAGUCAUUGGAGGUUAUCACUGCAACAUGAAGCUGUCCUUCGUGGUAAUUUCCGCCGCUCUUCUCGUGUCACAGUUUUUCCUCGCUCAAGGCCUCUUCCUUCCAUGGUCGAAAAUCAAGAAUGACUCCACUGACGGCUUUCUCAUUUCCAUGAAACGACUUGACUUGAAUAGGAAGAAUGAAGGCAGCGACCUUGAAAUGCUGAAGAAUAUAACCAGGCAGGUAUCUUUGGACAACAGGUGUUUUAGAGAUCCGGAAGGUCCAAUAUCCGUGGGGUUUCACAGCUAUCAUCCUUACGUCUCUUUUGCCGUGGGAGGUAAAUCCCUCCACCUCCGUGGUAUGUUCCCCUCUAUACUAGCAGACACACUGGACUACUGCUGUCAGGGUGGGAUGGACAAAGUAAAAUUUGCCAAGAUGUUAAAAACGCCGCUGGAGGCAGAGGAUCGUUUCCUAAGCGAUGACGUAAACGAAUACGACUUUACCUUUCCAGUUCACGCGCCCGAGGGAACAAAGUCGUUUCGGGAUCACCCUUUCAUUCCGCUAGUGCACGUACCCAGUGUGGUGUUCCUGGCGUAUGAUGGGAAUGAAAGAACCACUAAGACCCAUGCCAUUGCUGCGACCAUUCUGAAGGCCUGGCCCAUCAUGGUGUUUAUUCUUCUCACGGCUACUUUCUCUGGUAUCAUCAUUUGGUUCUUGGAUCAUCGCCAAAAUCCGCAAGAAUUCCCUCAGUCCUUUAGGAAAGGAGUCUGGGAAGGAUUCUGGUGGGCAUUGGUUACCAUGACAACAGUCGGCUACGGAGAUCGUUCUCCCAAAUCCCUUCUUGGCCGAGUGUUUUGCAUUGUGUGGAUAAUCACCGGUCUUGUAAUAAUAUCCAUCUUUAUUGCUAUGGUAACAGCUUCGCUUGCAGCCACGACCCAUCCUCACUUCCCCAUCCAUGGAUCGCUGAUUGGAGUCGUAAAUGGCAGUGAGGAAUACAAGCUGGGAGUUUUGAUGAAUGCAGAAAUGAAGAUCUUUCCCACAAUAUAUGGUGUAACGCACGCUUUAAUCGAAUCGAAAAUUGACGGAGCAUUCGUGGACAGCUUCACGAUAACUGCGCACUUGGACUUUAUUAAAAGCCAUCCAAUCAGGACUGAGCGAACGAUUGAACAUCCGGUGACGUAUGGUAUGGUUUUGGCGGGAAAUUCAACGCGCAUGGCAGAUUGCGCUAGGCGUUAUCUUGAAAACUACCCAAGAAAAGUUUUUCAGAGAAUCGCUGAUCACCUCAAGCCCUUGAAAAAUCCAUCAGACUCGAUCAGUGAAGAGGUGAUGGCAGCUGAGAAGUUAUUUUACGAAGAAGGUGCUUUCAAGCUGAUUGUGUACUGCGGUGUCGCCAUUCUGGGAUUACUCUUUAUCGCUGGGCUGCUGUACGAGGUUCUUGCUAAGAAAUAUCUGCAGCCGAAACGACUGAGAGAGGAGAACAACUACCAGAACGUUGAGUUGGUCAAGCAAACAAACCCGGCUGAUGACCAGGCCUCCAACCCAACUGAGGGAGAUCUGGAAGAACUUCUACAAGAUUAUAAGGCUUUCCACGACUCUUGGGUUGCAAAGUGUAAAAGGCUUCAUGGGAAACCAUAUGGCUGUUAAAUCCAGCAGAUUGUCCCGUUUAAACACAGGACAAUUAUUGUCUUAAGAACAUUCUUUGUUUUAUAGUUUAUUAAGGUGUAAUUAUUACUAAGGUGUAUCACUGAAAUUGAGUCGGUGUUUUAUUGACUCAGCCCCCUCAGUAGUUUCGGUAGUUUCAGUCAAAAGUCACAUGGUAGUGCAAAGCAAAUCAGACUCCUCACGGUCAGUUACAUGGAGUAAGAUUCGGGUACGAGAUCAGCACGUCAUCUGAAGACCAUUACUUGGGAUGCAAGGGGAAAACAUGGUAACUCUUUUUCAAGUGCAGUUUGCUCUGGAAUAUCUUAGAAAAUCGCACUAUUCUCACAGACAGGAAAAUGUGCCGGAUAAUCAUCUUUUUAGAACCACUAAAACAACAAAUUAAGGUUUAAUAGUUAACAGAAGCUGUGUCACAAGGACGGGAAUAAGGGAAGCGUGUUUACAUCCGUGUUACCACCAAAUUCAGACCAUUAUUAAGAUCAUUCGUUUGGAAGGUUUGCAAAUGUACAGUUUUUUACACUCAGUUGAGUGCACGGGGCAAUGAAUAAACAAGAUAUUUUUUGCCUUCCAAAUAAGUCAUCACAUGAUUCAGAUUGAGUGGCAACAAGGUUGUAAGCAGGUCACCCAAAUCCGUCUGUUUCCUUUUAACACUACAGUAACGGCUUUGUGUUAUUUCGGCUUCUCGUUGGAGUAGAGCCAGGCUCAGAAAAAUUUUACAUCUUUUUCCGGUUUUUAUGAGCUAGCCCAGUGGCACCCAGCUAACAUAGUGUAUGUCCAAAGAUGCGAAAGUUCUUUUGAUAUGAUGAGGAAAAAAUUUGCCUUCUACCCACGACAUACUAUCAUAUUGAAAUAAGACCUGAAAUCCAAAGCAAGA